AUACUCUAAGUAAAUGUUUCAGUCGAAGUGGUUAGGGUUCUCAAUCGUUUCAAUGGCAAACGCAACUGGUGAUACAGGGUCGACUUCGUUGAACUCGAAUGACGAAGAGAUGAAUAUAUUCCUGAAGGUCGUGAAAACAGUGGCCUUAAAGGUGAAGAAGUCAGAGAGAAUUAAAGAUAUUAAAGCUAAGUUCCAGGAAAGGGAAGGCAUUACGGGAAAGAUUCAAGGUCUCUUCUUUGAUGGGAAUGAACUUAAGGACAAUCAAACACUGGUUGAUUAUGCUGUCCAGAGGAACUCAACCCUCCAUCUGUUUCUUCAAAGUGCAGUUGGAAUGAAAUUAUUUGUCAGGCUACCACCAAACCAGAGAACCAUAGUACUUGGAGUAGACAAACAGGAUUUCGUCCAAAACAUCAAGGCUAUGAUUCAGGAACAGGAGGGGAUCUCACAGAACUGUUUCACACUAAUCUAUUCUGGAAGAAAACUUGAAGAUAACUGGACUCUGGCUGCUAACAACAUCCAUAAUGAAGCAACCUUGCAAUUGGUUUUUAAUCCAAGAGAUAUGAUAACAAUAUCUGUGAAAACAUCUUGUGUGCAGACCAUGAGGCUUGAAGUGAAGAUGUUGUAUACAAUCCAUGAUGUCAAAUCAAUAGUCGAGUGCAUGAGUGGCAUCCCUAUUUACAAACAGAAGUUUAUUUAUGCUGGACAGCAGCUUGUAGAUGGCCAGACUUUGGUUUAUUAUGACAUCACUGAAGAGUCUGUAAUAGAGAUGUUACCUCCCUCAUUUCAGAUAUUUGUCAAGACAUGGAGUGGAAAGAUCAUUACACUUGAAGUUGAGAGUUCCAAUACUGUCAAGGAUGUUAUGGCAAAGAUUAAUCAAAAGCUUGGGGGUUCAACCUCUCAGCAGCGCCUUCAAUUUGCUGGAAGACGGCUUGAGGAGGACACAAGCCUGGGCAGCUACAUGAUCCAGAAGGAUUCCACUCUGAAUCUGGUUAUAUCACCUUCAGUUCGUUGUUGUAGUCAAAUCACCAUAUAUGUCAAGGCAUCAAAUGGGAAACCCGUUACAAUGCUAGUAGAUCGCUUAAAUACUAUACAUGAAGUGAAGGCUAUGAUCCGACACAGCAUGGGACUUGUACCAACUAUGCUCAUCUAUAAAGGAUUGAAACUAAGCGAUUCAAGUACUCUGUUAGCCUAUGGGAUUCAGAACAACUCAAAACUAACAUUUCAUGCUAUGCACUCUUAGUGAGGAUUCCUGCAGUCUCCUGCUGUCCUUUUUGGUUCCCAUAUCUUGGUUUCAGAAGACGCGCGUUAUAGAUCCACUCAUUCCCUACUCCAUACAAUAGCUAGAAUAUGAUGGCUGUGGGCACUUUG